AUGAAGCUUGCAAUCCACCUAGCCUGCUUCGGCCGUCUGGUCGUGCCAUCGACAGCAUGGUAUCUCCAAGUUCAUAACCAGAUUGGCUACGUAGUAGACCAACUCUUGAAUCAAAACACAAAAUACAUGCUGUCCCAGAUUCUGGAACCGGAAUAUAAGGGCUCAGUGGGACGUUCUGCGGCUUGGGCAGAUACAGUCAGUCGAACCACCGCGCCAUAUUCAUACAACUGGCACUGGAUCAGCGCCCGAGACAAUCCACCCGACGAUUGCGGUCUCUUCUACCACCGCGACUGCCAGCAAGGAGGUUGUGUUGUCUCGCAAAUCUUCAACCAAACCAGCAUUCUGCGGCCAUGCAUUGCGGAUCUGGCCAAGGGACACUAUAAGCCAGAUCAGACCUGUGCUCAGGCUCUGAAGUGGACCAUACAUUUCAUCAUGGAUGUCUGCGAGCCCAUGCACACGUCUAUGAGGGCUUUGGGAGGAAACAGAUUCCCGGUGACGUUCAAUGGAACAGAGACCAACAUGCACCAGACCUGGGACCGCUGGAUCCUCUAUGCAGGCACUGAUCGUCCCAAUGGUUUCGCGGACGACAAGAUCGACCCAUAUUUCCAAGGCCUGUAUGAGCGCAUUCGCCGCGAGCAGAACGGCAAGGUCGGCUUCCGAGAGCCUAUUGAUGAUUGGGCAAUUUGCAACUGGGACAUCGAGCGCGGGACCUACUGUCCGGAGAAAUGGGCGCAAAGCAGCAAUGCUAUUGUAUGCGAUUAUGCAUAUGGCAGAUACGUCAACGGCAGCGAUGUUUACAAAGACGGGUAUGCCGAGGGCGCUUUCCACAUUAUUGAGCUGCAGCUUGCGAAGGGUAAGAGAAGAUCGACGUGA